AUGGCAUCUGCCGCCGUACCCUCCCGUGCAACAGCAUGUCUCAUCUUGGAUGAUACCGAACAACUAAAGCCCAGAUCACUCUCGAACAGCAACAUGUUCCAGGGCCAAGAGCCGACUCCUCCGCAUACAAUCAAGCAGGAGGACUUGGACAGAGCUCGCCCUCGCAGCCAGUCGCACGACUUAGACGAAGAUGAGAAGCGCGAACUAAAGCAAGUAACGCCCGAAGACGGUGCACAUGAUCCCGAGAAUUCGUCACAUUCCGACGGCGGUCCGGCUCGAAAACGUAGGCGAAGCCGCAAGGGCUUGGAUAAAAAAUUCGAAUGCUCCGAGGAGGGCUGUGGAAAGAGCUACUCUAGAGCAGAGCAUCUCUACCGUCAUCAGCUGAAUCAUGCGCCCAAAAACAUAUUCUACUGCGGAAUCGGCGACUGUACCCGCAGUUUUGUCAGACAAGACCUCUGCAACCGUCACAAGGAUCGACACACCGCCAAAGGAUCAUCCCUUAAUCGUAAAGACAGAGAUGGCUUUAUGCCUCAGCCCAGUUCGCCUUUUACUACAGGCGCCAGCAGCGCGUUCCCCGUGCCCAGCCCUACUUCCCCUGCGGAUCGCCGGCGUAGUAUUCCUUAUCCUAAUGCGGUUCCACAACAUGUUCAUUAUGGUCCCGCAAAUCCCUCCUUUGGUCAGCAAAGCGCUGUGUCUCCAUCGACCUACUCACACUCACCGACCAUGCGCCAAAACCCUCUAGGAUUCACACAGCCCCCAGUCACGUCUGCACAGGCUCAGCCCCACUCUCUCCCUCUUCAUUCGUCUCCAGGAGGUCAUCCUCGACGGCCCAACGGGCCGCCUGAUGGGAGCCCCUAUGGGGUGCUGUCGCCAGUAUCAACACACAACGGGUUUUAUAGCCAUCAGAACACUCCCCAGACACAGAUUUUUACCGCACAAAACAACUUUCCACCUCUGGAUCUGUCACCCACAUCCAUCUCUCAGGCAACUUCCCCAGUCAUUCCUCCGAACUUGGGCCAGAGCACGCCUUUUGCCGCCGCCUGCCAGGCAGAAUACACGGAGCAAGUAGGAGGGCAGCGAGGAAGCGACUUGAUGAUGCUUGAUCAGAUGACCAUGCCUCAAACGAUGCCAGUUUUUGGGAGUGACAAUAUAUACCAUAAGUCGCCCUAUGCUGGUAUGCCCGAGGAUUUCAUGGCAUAUUUGUUCAACACAGGGGGCAGCCAGCCCAGCGACUCCCCACAGGGUCGGAUGGCACCGACCCCAAGAUUCAGCCACUAUGGUGAAUUUCACAAUCAGUACAGCAUUCCUUACGAGCCGUCGCAGCUUGGUUUCUUCCCUCAGCAAGUUAUGUCUGUUACGAACCUGCUGGACCAAAACCUCCCCGAGUCCGUCAUCUCCGAAGAGAAGAGCAGCGAAAUCUUUGAAUACAUCAAAGAGAGAUUCCACGGUACAGAAUCUGCCCCUGUUGAGCGUCAAAAGGAGAACAUCGUCGAGGGUGACCGAUCCCAACCUUCCCACAUGCUCAGUCGGCAGAUGAUGCAAGCAUACAUCAUGUCGUACUGGUUGCACGUCAGCGAUCAGGUUCCGAUUCUGCAUAAACCCACUUUCCAGCCGGACAAGGCCCAAAACCUACUCUUGAUUGCUGUCAUGAUGAUCGGCGCUGCCUGUCUCGAUAAGGAGCAUGGUCCCAAAAUCAGAACUGCAGGUGCGCAGCUAUCGAAUUUCCUGGCGUGGGACCUACGAUGGGCACUGUUUAGGGACUCUCAAAAUUUUGGACCCCCUGCCAAACUCUGGGUAUUCCAGUCCUUGUUGCUCCUGGAGAUGUACGAGAAGAUGUACUCGACGAGGCAGCUGCAUGAGCGAGCGCACAUUCAUCAUGCAACAACCAUCACGUUGAUGCGCCGCGGCAGGUCCCUUCUUGGAAAGUCGGCACUCGACUCGCCGCCAACUGCGCAGCAUGGCUCACGUCAAUCCUCGACUUCGGGGGUGGCACAUACUCCAGAUGAGUGGUGGAACCACUGGAUAACUAACGAGUCCACCCGUCGGGCCGCUUUUGCCGCCUUCUUGAUCGACUCGAUUCACGGCACCAUCUUUGGCCAUAAUGUGGUCAUGGUCGCGCAUGAGAUGCGUCUCCCGCUGCCAUGUGACGACAAUCUUUGGAAGGCGACCAGUGGCGCCGAAGUAGGCAGGCUUGAGGCUAACCUGCAGUCAAACAACAUCAAGCCAAUCUCAUUCCUGGAAGGUCUUAGGCGAACGCUCGGCAACCAGCCCGUCCAAACCAACGCGUUCGGACGCACAGUGUUGAUUGCUGGUCUCCUUAAUGUUAGCUACCACAUGAACCAGCGAGACCUCCAGGUAUACUCGUUGGGCCGUCCCGCUUUGCAAUCAUUGGGCGGCAGGGAAAAGUGGCGACAAGCUCUCAGGCAGGCCUUCGACGUUUGGCGCGACGAGUUUGACAAGGCUAUCAAGAGGGGCGACAUCCCAUCCGAAGUCUACCUGUAUGGCCAGGACAAGCACAGCGAGGCCAACGCCAUCUUUGAGGGCCGCAAGGUGCUUCACAGCCUAGCCCACAUGGCGAUGCAUGUAGAUAUCGUCGACUGCCAGAUAUAUGCUCGUGCAAAGAGGCUGCUGGGCCGGCCAAUAGGCACCCAAGACCUGAACAGCUCCAAGCGACGGAUGAAGGAUACUUGGGCGCCAUCUGCUCAUGCCCGGGACGCGGUUUAUUACGCCCUUCAGUUUCUCUCAUCAGUCCUCAUGCCCGCAAAACCCACCUCCCCGUCCUUGCAACCGCCUGUCGGGUACCAGACGCCCGAGGAACCAUACUCGCCGCAAGCCGAUGUACUCAUGUAUCGGCCCUGGGUGCUCUACAUUGCAGGUUUGAUAGUUUGGUGCUACGGCUUCGCAAUAGAAGGCCCCUGUGUCGACUACACCGUGGCACCAACUAAAGAGGGGCGCAUAACCCAGAUGCAAGAGUACCUUCAGAAGUAUGCAGGCGUGGAUACCCCCGAGAUGCUCAGCGAAAAGCGCGGCAUGAACGAGAAUACGGCACUGCUGAUGGUGCUCAGAGACUCCUUUGAGAUGACACGGUGGGAACUUCUUCAUGAGGGUGCAACGCUGCUCAAUAACUGUGUUCAGCUCAACACCGGAGUGCUUGUCUGA